CGACGCCGACGGCGACCACCACCUCUCACUGGAAUACGUUCAUUUCUGUCUUACAGAUCCAUGCGCUCGCCCACCAUGUCGCGCUCCUCAGACAUGAAGAACAUCGUUGUCAUCGGUGGCGGCAUCAUCGGCUGCACCACCGCCUUCUACCUCGCCUCACAUCCACGCUUCGCCGCCUCGUCCACCAAGAUCACCCUCAUAGAGGCCUCAAAAGCGGGCGUCGCACAAGGCGCGUCAGGCAAGGCAGGCGGGCUCGUCGCAAAGUGGGCCUAUCCCAAGGAGCUCGUCAACGUCUCCUUCGCAGAACACGUCCGCCUCGCGAGCGAGCACGACGGAGAGAAGCGCUGGGGCUGGCGGAUGGUCCACUGCGGGAGCUGGGAGGGGCGCGGGGAGGCGGCCGAGGACUCGGGCACGGGCGCGGGCGCAGGGGGGAGGCGGAAGAGUCUGGAGAAGACGUUGGGGCUGGAGUCGGAGUCGGACGCCUCGAAGGACGCGCACGCCCGCUCGGGGCUGCCCAAAGACCUCAACUGGGUCAAACGGUCGCUCACCGAGUCCUACUCGCCCAUGGCGCCCUUCGGCGCGACCGCGCAGGUGCAACCGUACCUCUUCACGACCAGUAUGAUGGAGCUCGCCAAAGACAAGGGUGUCGAGUACGUCUCCGGCAAAGUCACCUCCAUUAACGUCGACAACUCGAAGGGCUCGAGCCCGCAAGUCACCGGGGUCACCUACACGCCCUCCAACUCCAACCCCGGCGCGGAGCCCCAGACCCUCCUCGCGACGCAUGUCAUCCUCGCCGGGGGCGCGUGGUCGCCCAAGCUCGUCCCCUCGCUCCCCAUCGCGGGCACCCGCGCGCACAGCAUCACAAUCGUCCCGAAGGAGGGGACGACGAUCGCGCCGUACGUGCUCUUCACCGAGAUCUCCCUCCCCUCGGGCGUCGCGUCCAGCGGCCCGCGCAACGUCAGCCCCGAGAUCUACGCGCGCCCGACGAACGAGGUGUACUGCUGCGGCCCGGGAGACGACUCGCCCGUGCCCGAGACGGUGGACGACGUCGCGGUGGACGAGGACGCAUGCGAGAGCAUCCGCGAGCACGUCGCGAGCAUAUCGCCAGAGCUCCGGGAGGGGAGGGUCGACAGGCGGCAGGCGUGCUUCCUCCCCGUCGUGAGCUCCGGGGGCGGACCCAUCGUGGGUGCGGCGGACUCGGUCGCGAGGGGCUUGAUCGUCGCGACCGGGCAUACGUGCUGGGGAAUCUGCAACGCGCCCGGGACAGCGAAGGCGGUCUCUGAGUUAGUGAUGGACGGGAAGAUCAAGUGCGCGAACCUCGACAAGCUCAAGCCUUCGCGCUUCCUCUAGGCCGGGAAUAUUCCCAACCGCGCGCCAGUCUCGAGAGAGCGACGGCGAAGGGGUGAGCACAGACUGUGCACUUUAUCCGUGGCACGACGGACACCAUGUAUGCGCGUACGCACAUACCAACGGGCCGUUCGCGUGCUUUACAGAUGACUAGGCAUGAAGCAGGUAUAUUUGUAGCCAUAGAAGCCUGUACUACUGGUGAGAUGAGAAUAUGUUGUAUGAUCA